AUGAGAGCACCGAAUAAAGCCAUCAAGAGAGAGUAUUUCCGUUUGCCACUGUUAGACGAAAUGAAAAUCAAAUUGUAUGGGGCACGAUAUUUUACUAAGUUGGAUUUGAAAAGCGCCUACUAUCACUUGGAAUUGAGCAACGAGUCGCGGGAUCUAACGACAUUUUUAGCAGAGAAUGGUAUGUUUAGAUUUACACGACUAAUGUUCGGAGUAAAUUGUGCUCCGGAAAUAUUCCAACGUGAAAUGACUCGGAUAUUAGAAAGCAUCGAAAAUAAGAUAGUUUACAUUGACGACAUACUACUGUUUGCGAAUAGUUUAGAGAAGUUGCAUAAAAUCGUUGCUCAUGUGCUACAGAUACUACGAGCCAACAAUUUAACUCUUAAUGAGGAAAAAUGUGAGUUUGAUAGAACCGAAGUUACGUUUCUUGGACAUAAAUUGGAUAAAAACGGAUUUCACAUUGAAGAAGCAAAAAUCAACGCGAUUAAAAAAUUUCGUCCACCCUCAACAACUUCGGAAUUGCGGAGUUUUCUAGGGCUAGCAGCGUUCGUCAGCCCUUACAUAAAACAUUUUGCUACGAUUUCGAAUCCAUUAUGGUCAGUUGUAGGAUCUAAAACGUGGAGCUGGCGUGAUCAACACGAAGAAGCUUUCAAUGCAUUGAAACAGCAGAUUAUCCAUUGCACUGUAUCGUUGGGCUAUUUUUCAGAACAUGAAAAUACAAUACUGUAUACAGAUGCUUCGCCAAGUGCUUUGGGUGCAGUAUUAGUGCAAGAAUGGGCCGAGAAAAAUCCGCGAAUUACCAGUUUUGCUUCCAAAGCAUUAACAGAUACUGAAAAGAGGUACGCACAGAACCAAAGAGAAGCGCUUGGAGCAGUAUGGGCGGUGGAACACUUCUCGUACCUAUUGGGCCGUCAUUUCACUUUACGCACAGAUGCGAAAGGAACAACAUUUAUAUUCAACCGGUCACGUGAAAGCUCAAAAAGGGCUCUAACCCGAGCAGAUGGGUGGGCACUGAGGCUCAGUCCGUACGAUUAUACUGUGGAGUAUGUUAAAGGAAUUGAAAACAUAGCCGAUCCCUCGUCUCGGUUAUACAAUGGUGAAGAUGCUCCUUUUGACGAGGAGUCAAGUCCAUGGGAAGUCGCCCAUAUAGAAUCCAACACCAUCAGUUUUAUGACUGAAGAUGAAAUUAAAGAUAUCACCAAAAAGGAUAAUAUCCUGCAGCAAGUAAUCCAAGCCUUAGAAACGGGGAACUGGCCAAAGCAUUUAAGUCGUUACAAAGCGGUGUCAGAUGAUUUGUUUGUAAAAGAUGGCAUAUUAAUAAAGCUAGGUUGUGUCGUAGUGCCUGGACAAUUGCGCCAAAAGGCUCUUGAAGUAGCGCAUACUGGGCAUCCGUCAACUGCGAAACUCAAAAGCAUCCUCCGCGAACGAGUGUGGUGGCCAGGCAUGGGCAUUGAUGCUGACGAUUGGGUUAAGUCGUGUGAAUCAUGUGCUGUAAAUGGCAGGCCAGAGAAACCGACACCGAUGCGCCGUAUAUUUGCGCCGAAAUCGGUUUGGGAAACGAUAGCUCUCGACUUUAACGGUCCAUACACAAAAUACGGAUGGAUUUUGAUCUUGGUAAUAAUAGAUUACAGGUCAAGAUACGCAAUUGCUCGGCCCUUAAAAUCUACAAGUUUUGAGAACACCAAAAAGAUUCUCGAUGAUGUAUUUAACAGAGAGGGCUUCCCUGAAGCGAUCAAAUCGGACAAUGGACCACCGUUUAAUGGAGAGGACUAG